AUGGGCGGGUGGUGUGAUGGGAUUUGGAAAUGGGGGGAUUUAGGAGUUCCAGAGUCGGCGGUUCUUGCUCCCGAAAUUGCUUUGGAGUUUUCGGCUUUGCGUGAGCUUUUGGAUGGUUUUGGCGGAAUUCAAGAGGGGAAGGAUUUUGUUGAGUGGUCUCUUGAUUCGGAGAAAGGUUUCACGGUUUCUUCUUGUUAUGCCCUUUAUGCUCAGAGGCGCAUUCCUUUUGGUCCUUUUAAUAGGCAUGAUGAGGCUUUGGAGUUGAUUUGGAAGAUGGAGAUUCCUUUUAGGAUUAAAAGUUUUGGUUGGAGGCUUUUUGUGGAUAGGCUCCCUACUAAGGAUUUAUUGGUGUAUAGAGGUAUUAAUUUAACUUCUACUAAUUUAAAGUGUGUUUUUUGUGAUUUGCAUUUGGAGGAUAGGGACCAUUUGUUCUUUAAAUGCAAUGUGAUUAAUUUUGUUUGGAAUGAAAUUGCUAAGUGGGUGGAUUUUCCGGGUUGGAACAUGGAGGAUUGUAUUCCUUUUUUUAUGGAAUGGUAUUCAACGGGCCGUAGAAAAGGUAUUAAAAAAGGCAAAUUGGGGGUGUUUUGGUUAGCCACUUCUUGGGUUAUUUGGUUGACAAGAAAUGGUUUUUGUUUUAGAAAUGAAGCGUCGAAUGUUAAUAAUAUGAUUUGGAAUAUCAAGAUUUUGAUAUGGAGAUGGUCUUCUAUAGGCGAUAUUGCUCAUCCCAAUUGUAGUUUUUACGAUUUUGUCAAGGACCCGGUGUCUUUUAUGUCGUAA